GUCUCUUACCUCUUUCUCAAUAACCUCUCUUCGUUUCAGAGCCAUUGAAGCAAUUCUUCAUUUCUGGCUGCUGGAGAUUCAGAAAUAUGGCAAAUCGUCCACACGUGCCCAAAUUCGGAGACUGGACCGAAGAUGCUCCAUUCACCGUCGUGUUCGAAAAAGCGAGCAAGAGCAAGAAGAGUAUGAACGUUUCUAACCCGAAUGAAUAUCCAGAAAUGAAUCCAAGCCUUGCACAGAAUCGAAAUUCUAGGCACGACCAACCACAAAACCACAAUGUAAGACCUAGGCAGGAAAGAUUUAGUAGCAGAGAAGACAACGAAUUCAGACCGUCUCCUGCACACAAUGAAAGAAACAACAGAGUUAGAGCUCCACCCACACAAGCAGCGUACAACCAUCAAUCAUACGGUGGAGGAGGCAGAUCACUCGGAAAUCCAUCGGAAACAAAUAGGCGGCAACCACGUGAUCAUGUCCCGGUGCGGCCAAUACGCAAUCUUAGAGGUCAAAGUAGUGAAAGGGUGGCAACUAUUCCACCGUUUCCUGGAUCGGGUUCGAACAUGGAGAAUCAGAGUUACACACUCAUCUUUGACAAAGUGAAAGAAGAUAGAAACCAUGCGAGAUCUUAUAAUGGAACCGAUCAUAGCACCCCGACUCGACCCAUCAACGACCAACACCACCAACCAUUACCUUCUACUAGUCCCAAGGGUUGUUGCUUCCCCUCAUGGAGCCGAAAAGGAAGCUAUUGAAGAUGACUCUUUCCUUCUCUUUCGUAUGCGUGGUUUCUUUUGAUUUUUUUCAGUCAGUCUUAUGGAGACACAAGGAAGUGGUUUUUGCUAAAUGAUUAUGUUACUUACUCUAGCAAUUUGUUUUGUUCUUACGAUUCCUAGAAAUCUAUGUUUAGAAACAUGAUAGAAACUCUGUUUCCGUUUUGGAAAUACGACGGAAACUUUUUUUUAGCUUACAAACUUAAUAAAUAAAAUAAUUUGAAAA